CGGUGCUGACUCAUAUCUACCUUCGUCUAAGCCGGUGAGAGCUCACGUUUACGGUUAGAAAUGGAAUAUGAGUGAAUAUCAGUGUUGGUGUACCUACUAGCACUAUUUGUACGGAGUGAUCGUGAGCACGAGCUACGGUGAACAUCGUCAUCAGUCAGCGCAGACCAGUCAGUAACCUCGGUACAACGCGUCCACAUUUUUUAAAUAUAAAAUUACGAAGCCCAAUCAUUGUCAGAGAAAAGAAAAAACAGAAAAAUGCGGUCGCAAACGGCUAUAAUAGCGUUGGCGUUCUUAGCGGCGAUUAUGCUAUUCGAUUCUUCACAUGGUGCAGCGAUGAAGCAGAAUUGUAUUAAAAACACGAACACCUGCCUUCGUAGCGCGGAAUGCUGCACGGGAUGCUGUCACGACGAAAAAUGCGUCGAUUUCGGCGACUCCUGCCUGAGCGAUCAAUUAUCUGGUGCCGUUGGUCCUUGCGCUCAACUAGACCCGCCCUGUCCCAGCGGACACACUUGUGUUCUACAGCCAGUCCUGUGUGUGCAGAAUCCUUGUCCUCCGGUAGCUUCCUGCGUACCGCCAGAUUACGAGGAUUACGACUAAUUUGAACGUUUAUUUCUUAAGUACGAGUCCUGAUCGAGCGGCAGUUCAAACUUUAUGUUAACAUUCGACAGUAUCAGAUCUAUAUUCGGACCGUUACGAUGUUUCCAUCUUUGUAAAGCACUCGUACAAUGUAGAAUAAUGUACUAUAUUUUCAAUAAUGUUUGGAAAUAUUAAAAAAUUGACGAUCGAA